AUGUCGUCGUCCGCUGCCGCCAGCGUCGUCUUCAUUCUCCUCAUCCUCUCCCUCACCGCCGUCAUCAUCAUCCUUCUCCGCCGGGGCCUCCUCCGUCUGUUUUCUCCCUCUCCCUCCUCUCCGGCCCCCGCCAUCUCCUCUUCCCGCCACCUCCACCUGCCACCAUUACCGGCAGCACCUCCCUCCUGCUCUUCUCCUUCUCCUCCAUUACCCCUUGCUCCUCAGAUGAAGGCGGGCCGGACUCCGACCGCACGAUCUGCCUGUCCACAUUCAGGCCUUACGAUCAGGUCCGGGUGCUUCCUCUGUGCUGAAACGCCUCCCACGCCCAGUGCGUGGACUCCUGGCUCCACUCCAACCCCGUGUGCCCCCUCUGCCGGUCGAGUGUCUUCGUGUCCGACUCUGACCUUGCCACUCGCCUCGCCGGCUGCGAUUACUUUAGCUUCCGCCCAUGCCAUACGGAAGAGAGCCUCACUGCCGAUGCGGCCAGUGGGAGAGGCAGCUGGCUGA